AUGGGCAAUGCUAGUAGUUCAUCCAUUGAGGCGACACCGCCGCCGAGAAAGACUCCUCAUAAGCUGUCCAAACCUCAAGUCGGCAACCAUGCCUCUACUACAGCUGGCCUGUUAAGCUCUCAUGGACGCUUGGCUCCCAGCAUUGCCCGACCCCUCAACUCCUCCCACGACGACGGCGAGCAACGACGCUCACGACGCUCUUCUUUCCUCUUCUCUCCUCGAUUGUCCUCUCGCCCUUUCUCCGUCUCCGGUCCCGCCUCAGAGCCUGCUCAGCGUCACCACAUUGAGCCCGUCGUGACUCCGUCAGCACUAGACUACGAUCGUGUCGAGCAGCCUCACGAGACGCCAUUGAAGAACAGCUUCGGGCGGAGAAGUUUCUUACGAUCCAAGACGUCGAGUCGCUUGUCCGGCGAACAGUGGCUGGCUAGCACUGGUUUCACAGUCCCCCGAAAAGACGACGGCCUCCCUCGCGUUCAGUCCAUGAUCCAUGACCCACCUCCUAAUCAAAAUUAUUCUAGACCUUUAACCGGAAGCUGGCAUAUGCCUGAGAGCAGUACCUAUGACUCCUAUGACCUCGAAACCUACCAAAGCAGUCGACUAUCCCACCUUACUUCAACUGUGAAUAUGCCUGACUACGAAUCAGCAGUCUCCGAGUCCAAGCAUUCCUUAUUAGAGAAUACCUGGAAAAACUCACACCCCGCCACCGGACCACCGAGCGUCGGGUUAUCGCGAACAAACUCGGACGUCUCCUUAUACGCUCCCGUUCGCCGUCGUUCAGUCAUCCGGACCCCUGGCGUGGCCACUCGUGCAGAAACAGCGCAGGAGGUGUCAAGGAGGACCAGCCUUCGAAGUAGGCAGGAACCAGCGGCGUCGGCUCGUCAGUCGAGAAGGAAUUCGAUCGAGCCUACCCCUCCACGAAUACUAUCGGUGCCGGUGAAACUCGCGGAUCUAAGCGUCGAGAGAGCCGUUACACCCAGCGAAACCGAGUAUAAACAGCUAGGAGCCAUGAAAUUUGGCUCCUUACGAAUCACGAAUGGGGCACCUAGCCCAAGCAGCGAGAAGAGACGAAGGAAGCGAGGGUCCGGAAGCCAUGUCUUUGUCUUGACAAAUGACUCAGAUUCAAGUCUUGAAUCAAAUCAAAAACCGAAGAAAAACCCGGAGCCGAAGAUCGUGGAACCCCAGCCGACUCUGAGUAAUCUGAGCCCAAUCACAGCGACGUUCCUGAAACUAGAAUCUAGAGUUGAAACCCAACCGACAAACAUCACCAAGACCGAGACCGAAACAUUCGCUGGAUUUCUCCCGGGGAUGAACUUUGGUUCAUUUUCUCUGAUGGACAGUCGGCCGGCUUCACCAGAACUCCAGACUACAUCAAAGCAUACCGCCGUUGAAGACGACCUUUUCGAAGAUGAUGCACAGCAACCUGCGCCCUCUGAAACGAAGAAGGAAACCCAGCCAAAGCGACGCGGGAAUCGACCUCGCGCCGACGUAACCUCCAAGACCCUCCAGAUUCUCUCAAGACAAGACCGAGAUAGCGGUAUUGUGUCGAGUCCAACCUCUGAUUAUUCUCAGAAGCCUUUCUCAAAGACGGAUUCCGGAUACAGCUCAAAUGUCUCCAUACGAUCUCUUCGCAUCUCAAAUGGCUCGGCGGCAGAUAAGGAUCUUCCUCCCUGUCCUGGUGAGACACAGUCUCCCCGUCCAGCACUCACGGAAACCCUGAGCCCACCUGCUUCCUUCCUCGGCGAUUUUCGCCUACCCAGUCCAAGGUUGAUCUCCUUGGCGAACGAGAUACCAGCUCCGCCAGACCGGGAGGCUCCACCACCACCACCUCCUCCCAAAGACUUUCCCGCUUCCCGGGCAAACUCAACCGCCGGCACCAGGGCACCCGAAGUGCCCGUCAGACACAUCGCAGACCUUGUCGCAGCGAGACCUAGGAGAACCCGCCGUGUUCCGGUUUCGCUGCUAACCAGCAAGAGCCGGGCAUCCGGGCCUAGGUCUCCAGAUUCCAUUCAGCUAAGCCCUCCUCUCUCCGAUUCUUCCAACGCUGCUGCGCUUGCCGACCGCGCCCGAAAGCCGGGGCCGCUGAAGAGGCUUCUUAGCGUUACCUCUAGGAGGAGUUCUCGUGAUAGCGGUGGUCUUCGUCGUUCGUUCCGAAAUUCUGGAUCAUCGACAGCUUCCUCUUCUCGGGAUUCAGCCUCCACCCCGGACCUUCGCGCCAGAGCCAGCAGGGAGGCCCGACCUUCUAACUUGGCAAAUGUGGAGUCCACUCAACCUGAGGAAAACGAUCAGAUCCCUGCGACGAGGACCGAAACCCCUGAAGAGAUCACUGUCCGAAGACGCCGCUCGUUGCAGGCAAUUUCAAACUCGGUCGUAAACGCUGCUGUCGCUGUAUUUCCUUCUAGAAAGUCUCUGCGGAGGUCAAUAUCACCGAACACUAGCAACGAUGAUGAACAAAGGGUCCAAGACCAGGAGUCGCAGCAGGAUCAAGAACAGAGACCCGCGGCCCCUUAUAACGAGAGAUGGAGUGGAAGUAGUUCGGCAGAAAGCGACACCACAUCGACAUCAGAUUAUACCCGUGAUGCUUUGAGCCGAAAUGGAUACGACCCGUCAUUCGUGGCUAUGACAAGCGCUCGAGAUGCGUAUUUCUCUCCUGCGCCGUCUAGAGCACCCUCCAGGGCAGGGUCAGUUGCUUCACGUUCGGAGCGUGAGCUGGAUAUCCGACUAGCUGCUCUCAAAGCUCGGUCUAAUGCGGGCAGCCCAGCGUCCUUUGACACUGGAUCUCCCCAUCAGUCCUACGUUGGAGAUCAUCCCUACAUAAAUGGUCCGUCACAUGGUCUUACGCGCACUCGAAGUGUCAUUCAACUUCGCGUGCCGCCACCGCUUCGCCCGCAGUCGAACUCCGCCAAUUUACACAGGGCGAGGAGUCAAUCGAGCCUUACUCGACAGCUCAGUAGCGAAAAUUUGUACAGCUUUCCACCUACAACAGCAUCAAGCCAGUCAAGCCAAGACGGUACGAUGACACCACCGGAGACUCGCAUGCAUCAGCAGCAAUACCUGCAACGGACUAUGAGCGACUCUGGGAAGCGGAGCUGGUCAUCCUCCAAUGACUGGGAGAGCCACCCCUGGCAACCACGGAUCUUGAACAAGCCACAUAGCCGAGCCGAGUCGACCUCCAGCCAAGGUAGUAGUGGGGCACCAUACCCACGGUCGGCGAGCGCGAACCCUUAUUCGGAGCAGCAGAGACAGAUUCCACGGCGACCAUCCAGUGCAAAUCCUUACUCGGAUAUGCAGCAGCACAUCUCUCAGCAGUUACGACACCGAUCCAGCUACGAAUCUCAAAACAAUACCAAGCCCCGCAGCAGCCAUGGUUACUUCCGGCAGAGCCCUGACCUAUGGACCUCGACGCACUAUCAACAGCUCCAGAUGCAAUAUGGAGGGACCGCAUUUGACCCCAGAGGCGGGUGGUAUCCGCCCUACGUACCUCGAUCGGGCCACGCCAGGAACAGGAGUUCCUCGUCGAAUGGGUAUCCCGGAUACUAUCCUCCGCAUGCCCCUUUCAGGGUUCUUCACAGUUAUAAUUCCCCGGCAUAUCGGCAUGCGCCGAUUUGGGGAUGA